AUGACUCUUAAAGUCUCCAAACUCGCGCUGUUAGCGCUCGUUUCAUUCAAAAUGAAGUUAGCCCGUUGCUCCGUUAAUCCGAUUGAAAUCGUCGACCAGCACUUUUACGAUGCUGUAACUCAUGAGCCGUUUUUCAUCAAAGGAGUUGACUACCAGCCCGGUGGGUCUUCUGGCUUAAAUGGUGAACGGGAUCCGCUUUCAGAUGCAGAGGUUUGUGCCAGGGACAUUGUGCUUUUUCAAAGACUUGGUAUCAACACAAUACGAGUGUACUCAAUCAGCCCAGACUUAGAUCACGAUGCUUGCAUGACGAUGAUGGCGGCAGCGGGAAUCUACUUACUCCUCGAUGUAAAUUCACCUAUGCCAGACCAGCACUUGAAUAGGUACGAGCCUUGGACGUCAUACAAUCACAACUACUUGCGACACAUCUUCAAAGUGAUCGAAGAGUUUGGUCACUAUAAUAAUACAUUAGGCUUUUUUGCUGGAAAUGAAGUCAUUAAUGAUGAACUUUCAGCUAAAGAAGCACCUGCCUUUGUAAGGGCUGUGGUUAAUGACAUGAAAGACUAUAUUAGGGCAAAAUCUCCCAGAUCGAUUCCUGUUGGAUACUCGGCUGCGGACGAUCUAAGAUAUCGAAUUCCGUUAUCACAGUACCUAGAGUGCAGUGACGAAGAUCGUCCAAACUCAAGCAUUGACUUUUACGGAGUCAACUCUUACCAGUGGUGUGGCCAGCAAACAUUUCAAACAUCGGGUUACGAUCAACUAGUAUCAGCAUAUAAAGAAUACACCAAGCCUGUUUUCUUUUCUGAGUUUGGUUGCAAUAUUAUCAGCCCUCGGUCGUUUGAAGAAGUUGAGGCGCUUUACUCCGAAGAGAUGAUCAACACGUUUAGUGGAGGACUUGUUUAUGAGUUUACUCAGGAACCAAACAAUUAUGGCCUCGUCAAGAUCGACAAUGAUGGUAAUGCUCACUUACUUGACGAUUUUGUUGUCCUGCAAAGCCGCUACUCUGCAGUUGAGAGCAACGAAUUCCAAAUGAUACGCCAGAAUGCAAUAAAUCCGAUGGCCGCUGCUCCAUUGCCCUCUUGUCAAAACGAAUACGAAAACCUUGAGACUGAUGCCACCGUGCCCAGAAAUCUUGCUGAAGAUUUGAUCAGAGGUGGGGUUGAUCAAAAAAGAGGAAGCUUUACGGCCCUCCACGAAAACGACCUGAUUUCUAGUUACAAAAUUCACGAUAGCCAUGGUCAAUUAGUAAAAGGACCGUCUAAGGUCAAAAUUGUCAAUGAAAUUGAAGUCACACCAGAGGGAAACAGUAACGGAAAUCAUUCAGAAGACUUGGACUCAGACUCGGACGGCUCUCAUAAUGAUGAAAAUAAAGAAAAGACUAAGGAACGUAACAACGCAGCUCCUUUACCAGCGCGUCCUGCUAGCGUCCUCUGGAUUGUAUGGGUGCUCUUUAUUUUUGGACGGCUAUGCGAUUUGUGA